UGACUAGUCGGUAUCAUUGUGUCCACGCGCCUCCUGGAAGCUGCGAAUGAUGUGACUUAUUAUUCCUCUCCAUUUCGUAUCUACAGCAGAGCACCUUGUUGAAUUUUCGCCAUCGUCUCUCUGCAUGCUUUCCUCAGUGGUGUGCUGACGCCUCGCGAGCUUGUCUCUCCAAACCCUCCCAGCCUGACAGAGAUGAGUAGUCCCGAUGCGGGUUACGCCAGCGACGAUCAGACCCAGGCAAGGUGUACGAUGUCAGUCAUGAUGCCUGGAAUGGGACACUGCCAGUGGGCCGAUCCUCUCAGUCCUCUCGGGGACACCAAAGUGAAAAACGAGCCGUGCGCCUCCGCCGGGAGCUCCGGGAGUCAGAACCGCGGCAAGAGCGAGCCGCGGAUCAGACGGCCCAUGAACGCUUUUAUGGUGUGGGCGAAGGAUGAGCGCAAAAGACUGGCGCAGCAGAACCCGGACUUGCACAACGCGGAGCUCAGCAAAAUGUUGGGGAAAUCAUGGAAAGCCCUUCCUGUCACAGAGAAGCAGCCUUUUGUGGAGGAGGCCGAGCGGCUGCGUGUCCAGCACAUGCAGGACCACCCGAACUACAAGUACCGGCCACGGCGGAGAAAGCAGGUGAAAAGGAUCAAGCGGUUAGACUCAGGCUUUCUGGUCCAUGGUGUGUCCGAGCACCAGCCCCCGGCGAUGGAGGGCAUGGCUCUUGGCUACCACGAGCACAGCUUCCAGCUUCCUCAGCAGCCACUUGGUCACUACAGAGAUGCUCAGGCUCUCGGGGGUCCCUCUUACGAGAGCUACAGCCUGCCCACACCUGACACCUCCCCUCUGGAUGCCGUGGAGUCGGACCCCAUGUUCUUCCCUCCACACACGCAGGAAGACUGCCACAUGAUGCCAGUGUACGCGUACCACUCCCAGGCUGCAGAGUACCAACCCCAGGACCCUGUCUCCAACCACAACCCUGUCCUGCACCGACACCAAGCCUCCUCCUCAGAGCCUGCCACCCUGCCCCCGUCCUACAUGGGACACCCCAACCCUCUAGCCAUGUACUACACCCAGCACUGCAGCCCCAGCCACCCAAAGAGGCACCCUGGCGGGGCAGGACAGCUCUCCCCUCCUCCUGACGCUCACCCUCACCCUGCAGACAGCGUUGAGCACAUGCACCACUCAGACCUGCUGGCCGAGGUGGACCGCAGUGAGUUCGAGCAGUAUUUGAGCUCCUCCUCGGCACGUGCGGACAUGACGGGCCUGCCAUACGGGCCCCACGAGGCCGGCAUGCAAGGACCCGAGAGCCUCAUAUCGUCGGUGCUGUCGGACGCCAGCACAGCUGUGUAUUACUGCAGCUACAACAACUCCUAACCUCCUGUCCACCCUGCUGUAAGGACUCAGGACCUGACCUCAAAUCUCUGAAGCUAAAUUUGAAUAAAACGUGUUUAUUUUUGUAUUUUUUAUUUUCACUAGACGGCAUGAAGAUAAAGACUGUUGUGCUCUAUGUGCCCAAGAAAAGCCAUAAAACAUUAGACACAUGAACACUGGGUUUCUUCCUUUCUCGCAGGGAUAUGAAUCAUAUUGUGAUAAUAAAUGAUGUACAGACACUAUUUUAAGGAUUAUGUAUAUACGGAUGUUGUUUUUUUUAUACUUUUUGCACUUUUGAGAAAUAAAUCGUUGCAAAUAUUUAUCCUGUCCUGUUUUUUUUUUGGUCACGUAAUCUUAACCUUUUCAGACCUGUCAAACUUUUUGUUUUUGUUUUUAAAUGUGAGAACAUGUUAAAGCUCCUGUACAGAAAUUUUGGUUUAAGAGGAUUUUGGUGCCCCCUUGGGAUUUGAAGUAUAAUGUUGUUCCAUUUUUUAUAUUUCGCUGGUAUCAGACCAAAACCUCCCGUCCCCAAACCCACCGACUUUCAGGGAACGGGGGAGAAAACACUGUAUUUUCAAACAAUUAACACUGAUUGUCAGCCUCUUAUUUCACAUUUUUAUUGGAUAAAAUGUGUAAAACCCACUGACAGAUAUAAAGGAUAACCAAUAACAUUAGUUCAUAACAAAAAAAAACGGGAAAAAUGGAAAAAAGAGGUAAUUUUCAAUCACGAUUAAUCUCGAGUAUCUGUAGUUGAACACAAUUUGUCAUAUCCUAUUUAACACAUUUAAAAUUCCAACAUUUUG